AUGGAAUCAAGAGAACCAAGGUCAGGCUCUAGAAACACGAACAGGGUUAUUGUAGAUGAUAAUGAAGGAAGUUCCUCAAGCUCUUCUGAAGACGAAGGACCAGAAUUGCCAAAAGAGCUCAAACAAGUCCCGAGUAGUUAUGCCUCGAGUUUUCAAAAAAAAAGGAAAUGCAAUUGCACAACCAAAUGUUGGAAAGAUUGACUUAUAAUUUUUUUAGCAUUUUUGGCUUUUUACUGCUUUUUGGGAUUUUUCAUGUGGGCAAUGGUCGAACCAAUGCUAUAUGAUACCUACACCACUCUAAUAAUUUGGGGAAGCAUUUGGGUUGCUUUUGUUAUGUGCAUUCUGAUUGCUGUAAUAUGGAGGCAACACCAGCUUAAAUUAGAGAGAUUUAAGCUUGAAGAAGCGGAAAGGCGUGCAGAAGAAGAAAGACUGAAGCCAGUUCAAGUGAAGGUUGAUGAAGAUAGAGAAUAA